AUGCUCCAAGAAUAACCUAUAUAGGAAUAAGAUCCAAAUAAAUGUAUUCUUAAAGAAACUGCUGAAUUUUAAUAAUUCAACCCUUUAGGAUUUUCAUUAUUUUUAGAAGCCAAUUGUUAGUAAGAAGUAAUUGCCAAGUAACUUUUUGCUCAAAUUUUGAAAAUGAUUGAAGAUAAAUUGUUAGAAUUAGAAUAAAGAUUAGACAAUAGAGAAGAAAUCAAACAGAUAAAUACUCAAUUAAUCCAAUUCAAACCGCCAGACUAAUAGUAUACCUAAAAAUAAAAUGAUGAUACAUAAUCCGAGUAAAUCAAAUAAAGUAUCAAAGUUCUUUAUCUAGGAAAAUUCAGUCAAUAAUCUGAUAUAGACAUUUAUUCUCCUGAAGCAGUGCAACAGUAAGAUACACAAUAGAUAAAAUCACAAAAACCUUUAAGAUCUCGCUCUUAAAUUGGUAGGACUAAUACUGAAUUAAUGAGAUCUGAAUCUAAGACUAAAUCUAAUGAAGAAGGAUUAUUGUAGAAAAUUGAAUAAUUUGAUAAAAAGUUAAAAGUAUUGACAGAACAAGUGAGCAAAAUGUCAUAAAAAGAAACUUAGUUUUCAAAAAAAAUUGAAUAAUAAAUAAAUGUUCAACUAAAAGAUAGUUAAGACAGGCUAGUUUAAAAUGAAAAGUUAUUUAAGCAAGUGCAUUCGACUAAUUAAGAGAUAACUGAAAAUUAAAGAGGGUUUUUAUCUCAUUUAUAAUAAGUGCGUUAGGAAAUUAAGUAAAUGUACAAUUUUAGAAAAUAGCUAUUUUUCUUAAGAAUUAACUCGAAUUAGCGAUGAGAAUAAAAUAACUGUUAUGCAAUAAGAGUAAAAUUAUUUGGAGCUAUAGAAAUAAAUUGGGGAAUAAAAAAAUGAAUUAAUUUUACAAAAAUCAUUUUUAGAAUCUAUUGAUAAUGAUUUUUUGAUGAUCUUAAAGAAAUUUAAGGAUUUGUAGAAUGACCUUGCUAAAAAAAAAUUCAAUUCUAGUUAGUUAUAAAAGAGGCUUCUUUAAUGA